AUGGUUAUGUGGUGGGAGUGCGACGCAGUAUACUGCGGCUUCUGGAAUAAUGAAGGUAAUAGUUUCGUCCAUCGAGGAACCCUGACGCUGCCCAACCAGUGGGGCCUUAUCCUUGGUAGUUUCUUCACUUUCUUCAUUGCGGUCGCAAGUAGCUACCUGUGGGGCACUAUAUCCUUCACCAUUCACCAACUCAACGCUUCGAGCAGUCCUCAAGAUGAUUCGUAUCACCAGCUGCAGGUCAUCCUCCGCAACACCGAAUCCCAAGGCAGUUUCAUGAACCAGCUGAGCCGGCUUGUAUGGGUACACAGAGACAGUAGGACCAAGUCAUACACCAAGAGCAUCAUCCUGAUCCUAUUCGCGGCCGUUUUCCAACUCGGGCUCUCAAUCGCCGGGGUGUUCUCAACUCGCAUCGUCGCAGCCCCAGACACAUCCGUUCUGAGCGUGAGUUCGCACUGCGGCUGGUUCGAGGAACUCACCGUCAAGAACAGCUCAGCCAUCAAUUUUCUCGACUACUUCUCGGUCUCCGGCAUCGAAUUCCACGAGUAUGUCAACGCCGCCACGGUCAUGAUGCGCACCGUCCUGCGCAAAAACGCAGCCUAUUCGCGCUCUUGCUACGAGCGCUCUGGCGACAACUCAACGGUGUGUGGCAACCUCGUGCGACCGACGUUACCCUACACGAUAACUCGCGAUGUGGCGUGUCCAUUCGAGCAGCGGGCUUGCAACGGCGCCGGUUUCUCCCUCGACACGGGGCUACUGCGUUCCGACACUGAUCUGGGGCUGAAUACGCGCCCAGAAGAUGCUUUAUCCAUUAGAAAGGUGCUGACGUGUGCGCCGCUGGCCGGAGAGAACUACACGGUUGGGUGGCAGCCGCUGCCACCAGAAAUAGCGGCCAAUAUGGAUCUUCCAGGUGGAACACAGGUUAAGAGCUAUGAGUUUGGCUCUUACCUGAAAGAUACAAGUGGUACGAACUCGACGUUUGUGGUGGAUGAAUUGGAUUGGAAGAGAGGCAAGCAGCCGUAUGGUAUUGGGUUGGCAAACUCCAUUCUCGAUCUGCCAUACAACCCUGUCUAUGUACAGUUCACGCCAAUCCCAGAUAUCUUGAACACAUCCGCAGAUUUCACUGUCGUCGAACUCACAAACAGGAUGGACUACGCUGUCGCUCUUGAAGACCCUUGGUUCCGCGCCGACAACUGCACCGAAACCCCGGGGCAACUGCCUCCAGUUCUUUGUACGGCGUCGAACCCUGCAUCGUUCCUCGGCUGCCAGGAGCAAUACCAAUUCUGCAAACCAGGGCCUACACCACCCGAACCUGAAUCAUGCACACCCCUCACAGGCCUGUUCAAACUCUUCCCCGACCUCUUCCUGAACCAAGGCGCCCUCUGGAACGGCACCUCGCUCCCCAACCUCACACCCGCGCAAACCGCGGUCCACUACCUCCUCGGCAAGACGCUCGCCAGCAGCCAACUGCACUGGCAGCUCGUCUUCAUCGGUCACGAGAACCUCAUCGCGCAAGACUUUCUCUGGGACGGUGGCUUCGGCUUCGACAUGUCCGCCACCCUGCCCCCGAACCAGUGGCACACCGAGGUCAUGAACUGGAUGAACACGUCCCUCGCCACCAUCCAGCGCGGCAUCCCCGCCUACGCCCGCCACUCGCCCCACGACCUCGGCAGCCCUGACGCACUCGCCCGCAUCACCGCCCCCGCCGACGCGGCUCUGCAGUCCCUGUGCACGAAGGUCCGCGUCCACAGCGCAGCGCACACGUCCUUCUCCCUCGUGGCCAUGGCCGCCGUGCUCGUGGCAGGCGCGGCGUGCAUACUCUCCGAUCUCGUCGCGCAUAAGCUGUUCGGCUGCGUGCAGCGCCGGUCCGGACACGGUGUGUACAAGAGCCGCGAGUGGGACUGCUCGUCGGCGCUGCAACUGCAGCGGUUAGCGGCCGAGGGAAGGGGGGUGGGACCGUGGGAGGGCAGAGACGGUGAGGUGCCUAGGCUGGUGGAGAGGGGGCGUAGGUUCAGACUAGUUGGAGAUGGGGGGCUGGGGGGUGGUACAUCGUAUGAGCCUGGGUACGGCGAUGGCGGGGGACGAUAUAGAGCGUUGGCUAAGCAUGGGGUGCAGCACGGGGAGGUUGAGCUGCGGAGCAUCCCGGGUUGA